AUCCAAUCAGUGAGUUGGAGCAGUGUGAUUGGCAGCACCGUGAACCAGUCAGAGGCGAGGCUGUGUAGCUGUCAUGGUUACCGGAUGAGGCCUAGCUGAGCUCUAAUCCCGCAGAGUUCCUUGUCAGCCAGCAUGGGGGAGCAGUGCGGGGAGGUGCUGACUCUCCAGCUCGGACACUAUGCCAGCUUUGUGGGCACCCACUGGUGGAACUCACAGGUAAUGGCAGGAGACCCUGUGUUACUGUGAGUGUCAGUACAGGGGGAGUCCACAGUCAGCCGUGCUCACUGGGUGAAUACAGAGUCAUGGCACACAGAAAAGUCGUGGAGGUACUUUACAGAAAGUAAAUGGGGAGGUACUGAAAGUAAAUGAGAGGUACUACAAAGGUAAAUGAGAGAGUACUACAGAAAGUCGUAGAGAGGUACUACAGAGAGUAAGAGCUACAGAAAUCGUGGAAGUACUACAGAGAGCCGUGGAGGUACUGCAAGAAAGUCGUGGAGGGAGUGCUACAGAAGUCGUGAAAUACACACAGAGAGUCGUGGAGGGGUGCUACAGAGAGUCGUGGAGGGUGCUACAGAGUCGUGGAGGGUACUUUUAGAGAGGGGAGUCGUGGAGAGGUGCUACAGAAGUCAGAGGAGUGCCUACAACAGAAAGUCAUAGAGUGGGGAGUGCUACAGAAGUCGUGGAGGGUGAGGUGCUACAGUCGUGGAGGUGCUACAGAGAGUCGUGGAGGGUGCCACGAGAGUCCGUGGAGGGUAGGGGUGCUACAGAGAGUCGUGGAGGGGCGUGCUACAGAGAGUUGGUUACAGAGAUGGCUUUGGAAAGUUAGGGAGGCAGUUGAGGGGUGUACGGUGGGUGCAGGGAUUAUUUUUGGUAAUGGGGUUUGCAGUGAGAGGAUGGAGGGCAGGGGGUGCAGAGCGUCUGCAGUGAGAGGAUGGAGGGCAGGGGGUGCAGAAUUUCUGCAGUGAGAGGAUGAGGGCAGGGGGUGCAGAGCCUCUCCAGUGAGAGGAUGGAGGGCAGGGGGUGCAGAGCCUCUGCAGUGAGAGGAUGGAGGGCAGGGGGUGCGGAGCGUCUGCAGGUGCGGAGCGUCUGCAGGGAGAGGAUGGGCGAGGGGGUGCAGAGCCUCUGCAGUGAGGAGGAUGGAGGGCUGGGGUGCAGAGCCUCUGCAGUGAAGGAUGGAGGGCAGGGGUGCAGAGCCUCUGCAGUGAGGAAGGAUGGAGGGCAGAGCAUCUGCAGUGAGAGGAUGGAGGGCAGAGCAUCUGCAGUGAGAGAGGAUGGAGGCAGGGGUGCAGAGUUUCUGCAGUGAGAGGAUGGAGGCGGGGUGCAGAGCCUCUGCGUGUGAGAGGAUGAGGCAGAGCCUCUGCAGUGAUGAGAGGAUGGAGGGCAGAGCCUCUGCAGUGAGAGGAUGGAGGCAGGAGGCACUCUGCGGUGAAGGAUGGAGGGUAGAGCCUCUGCAGUGAGGAGGAUGGAGGCAGAGCCUCUGCAGUGAGAGGAUGGAGGGCAGAGCCUCUGCAGUGAGAGGAUGGAGGGCAGAGCUUCUGCAGUGAGAGGAUGGAGGGCAGAGCUUCUGCAGUGAGAGGAUGGAGGGCAGAGCUUCUGCAGUGAGAGGAUGGAGGGCAGAGUUUCUGCAGUGAGAGGAUGGAGGGCAGAGUUUCUGCAGUGAGAGGAUGGAGGGCAGAGUUUCUGCAGUGAGAGGAUGGAGGGCAGAGUUUCUGCAGUGAGAGGAUGGAGGGCAGAGUUUCUGCAGUGAGAGGAUGGAGGGCAGGGGGUGCAGAGCCUCUGCAGUGAGAGGAUGGAGGGCAGAGCCUCUGCAGUGAGAGGAUGGAGGCAGAGUUUCUGCAGUGAGAGGAUGGAGGGCAGAGUUUCUGCAGUGAGAGAGGAUGGAGGGCAGGGGUGCAGAGCCUCUGCAGUGAGAGGAUGGAGGGCAGAGCCUCUGCAGUGAGAGGAUGGAGGGCAGAGCCUCUGCAGUGAGAGGAUGGAGGGCAGAGUUUCUGCAGUGAGAGGAUGGAGGGCAGAGUUUCUGCAGUGAGAGGAUGGAGGGCAGAGUUUCUGCAGUGAGAGGAUGGAGGGCAGAGUUUCUGCAGUGAGAGGAUGGAGGGCAGAGCUUCUGCAGUGAGAGGAUGGAGGGCAGAGCCUCUGCAGUGAGAGGAUGGAGGGCAGAGCCUCUGCAGUGAGAGGAUGGAGGGCAGAGCCUCUGCAGUGAGAGGAUGGAGGGCAGGGGGUGCAGAGUUUCUGCAGUGAGAGGAUGGAGGGCAAGGGGGUGCAGAGUUUCUGCAGUGAGAGGAUGGAGGGCAAGGGGGUGCAGAGUUUCUGCAGUGAGAGGAUGGAGGGCAAGGGGGUGCAGAGUUUCUGCAGUGAGAGGAUGGAGGGCAAGGGGGUGCAGAGUUUCUGCAGUGAGAGGAUGGAGGGCAAGGGGGUGCAGAGUUUCUGCAGUGAGAGGAUGGAGGGCAAGGGGGUGCAGAGUUUCUGCAGUGAGAGGAUGGAGGGCAGAGUGCAGUGAGAGGAUGGAGGGCAGGGGGUGCAGAGUUUCUGCAGUGAGAGGAUGGAGGGCAGGGGGUGCAGAGCCUCUGCAGUGAGAGGAUGGAGGGCAGGGGAUGUAAAGGGUCUGCAGUGAGAGGAUGGAGAACAGGGGAUGCAGAGUGUCUGCAGUGAGAGGAUGGGGUGGUUCCAGAGAGGGUAUUAGAGAGUCUAUAGUAAAAAUGGUUACAGAUUUAUGUGCAGUGUGAGAUCGCUGUAAGGUUAUGGAAGUAAGUGAAGAGUGAGGUACAGGAAAUGGGGGUUCUUGUGUUUUGUGUUGGGAUAGGCUGAAUGACUGCAUAUUUAUUAAAACUGUAAUUGACGGACCUUUCUCUUACACGGUCUUACUUUAUUUUGAAGAAUUCUACGUUUUCUAACCCUCUUGGCUGUAAUGUGGCACCUGAGAUUUGCAGUAAAGUCCUGUUCAGACAUGGGCUAACACUGAAAAGAAUGGAUACCUACACCCCACGUCUCAUUAUCAUGGAUCUUAAAGGUGAGUAGUUGUUGAUGUAUAUUGCUUCAUAAGAAAUAAUUAGGGAACUCUAUCAGAUCAUGAUUAGUCCUGGCACAUUAUGUGUUGUGAAGGACUUACAGGUACACUAGAGGCGCCCAGACCACUUCAGCUUAUUGAACAGGUCUGGGUGCAGUGUCCCAGGUCCCUAACCCUGCAGUGGCAAAUAUUGCACUUUUUGAUAAACUGCAAUAAUUGCAUUACAGGGUUAACUCCACCUUUGGUGGCUGUCUAUCAGACAGCCACUAGAGGGACUUCCAGGUCCUUAUUAGACUUUUGGUCUCCUGACGUCCUCACGCUAUGCAUGGGGACAUCCAGUGUCACCCUAAAUCUCAAAGGAAAGCAGGUGGAGGCGGAGCCAGCGCCGAGAGACAUCGGUGCCGUAGUAAGGCAAGUGAUAGAAGGGGUUUUUAACACUUAACUUUUCCUAGCACUAUAAUUUCCCUGUAAGAAUGGCCACCAAUAAUCCUUUGGCAAUUUGAUAGAUUUCUGGUUUCAUAAAUUAGAACAUAAUAAAUUAAGAUAUAUGAUCAUAUUUUCCCAAGUUUGUACACCAAAAAAUAGAUCUCCAGUGUUAUAAAGGUAAUUGAACACAAUUGUACUUGUUACCUCUUCACCUGUGACACAAAUACGUUUUCUUUUGCUGGAAUUGUAUAAAUUAUCACAUCUAUACAUUGACUACCUCUGUCUUAGUUGCACUAUUUGUGUUCUUGAGACACAUUGAUCCAUAAUCUUUUAUGAACCCAAACCCCAUCCUAUUUCAUUACAAACUUGCGAUGUCUUCACCAUAUUUGUUCUGUCCUUCUUCUAGGGAGUCUCAGUUCAUUGAGAGAAGAAGGGUAUUUAUAUGAAGACAAAGACACAAGGAGCUCAACGCCAGCUUGGUGAGGAUUCCUUUGCGAACAAUGUCACACAGUUCCAUUGUGAUCACAUGAUUUCUCUGAAUAAUGUAUAGAAUGGUCACACUUACCAAUCAUGGUUAUAAAAUAAUCUGUUGAAGGAGUCUGACUUGAUACAGAAUUGGCUUUUUAUCACAGCGUCAUCUGGUUGGUAAAAAGAAUACCCACUGAUUGCAAGGCUUUGUAAAUUGUUCUGGCAUUUAUUCACCCACUCCCUGGAUCAAAAUUCUCUGCAGCACCAUCUGUAGCAUAGAGUAGAGGAACAGUGAAUGGUGCGGUAAACAGUGAUAUCGGACUUUCUGUAAUAAAGGAAUUCAUAGAAAUAUAUAAAAUUAAUGAGGCCACAUUUUCCUCUUUAGGUAGGAUCAAACUAGUUGUCUCCAAACGAAUCCUUAAAGGGACAUUAUAGUCAGCAGAACAAUUACAGCUUAUUGUAUUUGUUCUGUGAGUAGAAUCAUUACCUUCAGAUGGCUAUUAGAGGUACUUCCUGGCGCAGUGCUGCACAGUGUGACUGACAUUUAGUGUCUCCACCCUCUGCAUGCAGACACUGAACUUUCCUCAUAGAGCUGCAUUGAUUCAAUACAUGUCUAUGGGGAGAUGCUGAUUGGCCAGGGCUAUGUUUGACUUGUGGUGGCUCUGCCCUUGAUCUGACUCCUUGACAUUCUCAGCCAAUCCUAUGUGAAAGCUUUUGUGACUGGCUCACAGAAUCGCUUCUGAUGAUGUCAGCCAGCAGGCAGAUCAGGGGCAGAGGCAGUAUCUGCAGGCUUAAAUACAAGUAAGAUUUUACUAUAUUUAGAGGCGCCAGGGGAGGCUACAUGGUGGUUUUAACUCUAUAUGGUUAGGAAUAAAUGUUGGUGUUCCUGACACUAUAAUGUUCCUUUAAUUUUUUUCCCCCUCUUUUCCCAGGAGAGGGUGUCUAACUACACACUUAGAGGAUCCCCCUGUACAGAAGCCUUUUCUGGAAGAUAUGGGGAUGAAGCCACAGAGACAGAAGGUAAAGGUUUGAAUAACAAAAACGAAGGAAGUUACCAGUGCUAAGGGGUCUGAUAUAACAGUAGGCUUGUUGCAUUGGUAAAGAGGGGUAGGCAUUAAUCCAAAAUGGCUAAUGGUGUAGAAUGAUGGGGUGUCAGUGAUAAGACAUUAGUUGUAAAUUAUCAAAAUAAAUGUGUGGUGCAGAUCAGGGUGUAUAGAUAGAUGUAUGUGGUUAAGACAUGAAUUAUAUUAGAUUACAGUUUUCAUAUUGCUCACUUUUAUUUUAAUCUUUCUUAGGGUGAAACAUUUUCAGAAAGCUGUGUAAGCGGUAUGUCAUCAGGUAUGUGUUAUUCACCAAAACAUACAAGCAUGUAUACAGGCAAACACAAAAAGAAUUCAGCGCUAGUAAUCACAAAAUUAGUCAAGGUAGGCAGCAACCCAAAUGAAGGAAAACCCCUCGGGUCCUUCGGUGGAUAAAUACAAAAAGAUAUGGAAGGGCUUCGCCAAAUAAGGGUAGAUAGUCCAGUAAAGUAUUGCUAGGGUGCCAGUAGAUGGUCUAGGAUACUUGAUAGAGUUCCUCUCUGGAUGCGUCUAGUGUAGACCGUUCCGUAUAUGUAAACACAAGAGAGGUAGAGGCGACUAAUGGUAUAGUAUGAAAGUUCAGGGUGUGAUAGGUAACAAAAAGUAAAGAACUCACAUUCAAGAGAGCUAUGGCCAGCUCUGGUGUGGAUUGCGUACAGCGGUAUAAUCCCCGCUUUCCCAUAAACUUUCAUACUAUACCAUUAGUCACCUCUACCUCUCUUGUAUUUACAUAUACGGAACAGUCUACACUAGACGCAUCCACAGGGGAACUCUAUCAAGUAUCCUAGACCAUCUAUUGGCACCCUAGCAAUACUUGACUGGACUAUCUACCCUUAUUUGGCGCAGCCCUUCCAUAUCUUUUUGUAUGUAUACAGGCACCCUAGCUUCAAGAUUUCCAGAUUACAUUCAGUGUAUAAAUCAUUUGUGUAUUUAAUUCUGGCACAGAUGUAUGUAGUGGACGGUCAACGCUUAGCUCCAUGAAGAGCCACAAUCUGGAGAAAAGUGUGAAUGUUUGGUCUGACUUUCUCCAAACAGACCUUCAUCCAAAAUCAGUGUGUGUCGUUAACCAGUACAACCAUGGAGGGUGAGUAAUCCUCUUAUUAAUAUAAUAACCGUAAGCGGGGAGGGGGGGGACAAGAUGGUGGUAAUGUUAAUUAAAUUGAUUAAUCUGGGAAGGACACAUUAGUGAAACUGUAAGGGCGGUUUUAAGUUUAUUUAGCAAAUCAACUCAUCAAAUAUAAUGGAGGUAAUUGUGUCUAUAGCUGAACUAUGUAUCCUAAAAACACAUGCUGGACAUAAAUUAAGACCAGCCACCACUUCCUGGUCUUAGGAGGCACUCUUCUCCUAGACUGUGGAUUGGGAGCAGGUGCAGGAACUUAAAGAUUAUUUAAAUGUAUUUACAUAAAACAUUAAGUGAUAGGGUCCACUUCCAACCUAGUGUCCCAUUAAAUAAAUGUCAUGGAAAGCCAGUGAUUUCACUUCCGCAGCCUACAGUGUCAACAUUGUUUGUUCUGAGGGCUAAUGCACCAAAUACCUAAUUUUAGUGAAUUGAACACUAAAUUGCACAAUGGAAGCAUAAAUAGCAGACAUUACUGGCAUUUAGUGUAUAAACAUGUUUUGAAAACAUUCAGUGUCCACAUCCACACAUACCCUUCCAUAAGUGAGCACAACAGUCCGGAAUUAUGAAAAGAAUAGAGUUGGCGGCAGAUGGUAUAGAAAUGACAGUGUAUGAAAGGAGUAGGUUUAACAGAACACUUUGAAUGUAAUCUGCAGAGAGACAGAGGGACUGGAAUCAUUCAGCCAAGGGCAGUCCAUUCUAAAAGACGCUUCUUACCUGGAUGAUAUUGAAGAUCGUUUGCAUUUCUUCAUAGAGGAAAGUGAUUAUUUACAGGUAAGAUGAAUCUCAAACAUACAAUGGGAAUACAUCUACAGCAGGAAAGGGACUUACUAGUACAAUGUCUCCAACAUUAGGGUUUCCAGUUGCUUUGUGAUCUACACAAUGGCUUCUCUGGACUUGGCGCCCAGAUGGCGGAGUUCUUGCAUGACGAGUACCCUGGGCGUGGGAUACUUACCUGGGGCACUUGUCCUGUGCAGUCUGGAGAGAGAGUGAGUACAGGACUCUAAUAGAGCAGUCUUUUACUGAAUGUUACUGCCAGGGUUUCUCUGGAUUUACCAGGUGUAUACAAUGGAUUGCAUUUGGUGCUUAUUUUUUGAGUGAUUGCGUUAUUCUCUUAUGCUGGCAGAAUAUGCAUAAGGCUAUGUUCCAGGUGAUGAACGUGAUCAUGGGACUCGUCAAGAUGUCCAGCCUGAGCUCCCUGUUCUGUCCCCUUUCUCUGAAUUCCAGUUUAGGACGGAGACCAGGCCCACCCAGCUCUUUCCCGCAUCUGUUGUACAAUGUGAGUAUAGUUACCGAUUGACCUAUGUGCCUGAUUUUCCAACUUCUCUCACUUGCUAUCCUACUUUUGCACACUUUGAACCGUUGUUUAUGAAUCAGUCGUUUAUAAUGAUAGUGUUCUUUCAGCCAGCAUUACAGUAUCACAGCAGCUCCAUAUUGGCUAUUGCCCUGGAAACAAUAACUGCUCCCUACAGAGUGCCAGCCUCUCACUUGUCCAUGCAAGACAUGGCCGAGUCCCUCAACUUCUGCGGAAGAAAGGUGAGUUUGUGUGGGCUUCUUUGUGUAACAAAUCCAAUAACCUAAUUUAUGUUGACCAGUUAGGCUGCACAAUUUAUACUCCCAAAAAGUGACCUCAUAAGUAGAUUCUAAAAUCAGCGUUUAGUUAACCAGUGCCUGUACAUCUCUAAUUUUACUUAAUUUUCCAAAGUACACUUGGCAUUGUGUUCUGUUCCUGUAAACUGUGUGGCAUACUUAAAGUGUGCACCAACUGGAGCAUAAUAGGGAUGGCCCAUAAUCACACAGAUUGGAAUUAGGCAUAAGGGGACAUUUGUCUUAUGGGUGUUUUAGCUGUAGGGUCAAAUGGUGUGGAGUAGAAGGGGGUUAGGCAAAGUUGGAAUGUAAAUAAAGUUCUUUAGUCUCACACUUGCCUCUGAAUGUGUACAUUACAAGUAGAUGAUGAAACCACUAGUGUGUUUAAUUAAUUCCCUGCUUAUCCUUUGGCAUUUUAGAAAUACUCCUUUGAUGCAAAACAAGAUAAAAUAUUGUUUUAUCAUUAUCAAUUUAAUAAAUGUAUAGAUGUCAUCACUGCUAAAACUCACUUUCCAGCCUUUCGACCUCACAUUUCAAUGCCCUUUGCUUACCAUAAAAUGAUCUCUCUAGAACAUGCCUAUUGUAUGUACCUAGGUAGUUUCAGCAACUGCAUCGCUCCCCUUUCCUAUUGAAGUUGGUUCCAGCCUUCCGGAUGCUCUUUCCUCUCACUUGGCUGCUGCUCCCUGGCGUUCUAUCUCACCAUGUGGUACCAGAGGCUCGUGUGGCACAACAGAGUGCUUCUCCCAGUCGGUGGUUCUGCGAGGAAUCAGUAAGGACAAACAGAACAGGUAACAGAUGGAGUUCUGUACCCAUUACUCUUAUGUUCCUGAUGAGCACAGCCUUAAUUUCAAGGUUCCUACAGAUUCAUGGAACCAAAUACAAUUGCAGAACACACAAGAUCGUUUUAAACCUUCCCCUGUGCACAAUACUAGGCCACAUUGGUCAAUGAGUGCAGUUGCUAAUUGUUGUAUAACUUUUUCUCUUAGUAAUCUCUCCUCUGGGAUUAGAUCGUCUUCUGCGUUACAUGCACAAAGCAACGGGAAAGAUGUCUUGCAAUGUUACUUACAAGCUUUGUAUCCAGCAUACACUGUCAGGUGAGUUUUAAUUUAUUAAUAGAACGGCAUAGCCAAUCCAUUGUCACAGGACUUUGGGUUUGUUUUUUUGCAAAGGAGAGAGAGAGAGGGAAAAAAAAUAAUUUAAAUGUAGUGAUGAGGUUUAAGGGUUCCAAGGCAGAGAUGUUAAAAUAUGUUUGUGAAAGUUUUGAUAACAUUUUCAAAGAAGUGGGAACGAUAUAGCAAUUGAUGCUGGAUGGAGGAGGAUAUUAUGUAAGAUUUUGUUUGCCUCUUCUCUCCCAGCAUACCCCAUGUGUUCCAAGAUCCCUGCAGAUUAGGACCAUCAUUUCCACAGUUCUUUUCUCCAGUGGUGACCAGAGAAGGAUUCACACAGAGCAUGCAAUGUGAACAGCCACAAGGUAACUACAGGAGCCUGAUCUAUUCAAUAAUUCCCAUCCCAUCAAUACACAAUUAAACAUUUUAUUUUUCUAUAGAAAUGGUUAAAAAGAAUAAAGUUUUAGGGAUGAUAUUGCAGGCUCCAGUUUGCAGUAAUCUCUUGCCACAUUUGUGACAAUUCAGGGGAUAAAUAAUGACUCGUUUCCACUGAGUGGUAAGUUUUGGUAGGGUUAGAAUGGUCCAGCCUAUUCUGGUGCGCGUUUCCACUGCAAGUCGGACCUCCAGGGGCCAUGCAGGGUUUAGACCAAAUGCCUAGCAUGUCAUUUGUCGCGAGCACUGAAGUUUUCUUGUCCGCCAACCAAUGGAUUGUAUAGAGUGAUGCCAGUAGCUCCGCUCUAACCGUACCAUUUCCUAUAGACCUACAGCUGAAGGGAGCACAGGGAAUGGUGCGGUUGUAUGGGCCAUUUUCAUAAUGGAAACACUCAAAAUAGCGUACUGACCCAUUCAGUGGAAAUGGGGCAUAAAAUGGUUAAGUACCCUGCUUAUCUUUAGUUCUGUAGAAAUCAAUUGGCUUAGGGUUGGGGGUGUUUUAUAAUCCAUAUACAGUUAGCUGGAUAAACCCCGGUCUUUGUGCAAUACACAUAUCAAGCUUGCGGUCAAUUCCAUGUUGCAACAAUGCAGCCACUAUAGGUGGAGAUCUAUCUACGCCAUAAGGGAUGGAGAAACCAAAGAAGACUUGAAGGCAUAAUUUCUUUAAACUGCAAAUUCAAGUGCUUAAGGUAAUUAACUUUGUAUCAGGGGUUUCCACCUCCAAUAUUGAAAGAUAAGGGUUUUCUAUUUGAAAUAAGUGUGGUAGUGCAGGAGUGGGCUUUUAAGUCAGAACUUGUGGCUCCAUCUAGGGUGUAGUGGACACCAGGGAAGAAGUCAAACCAUUCUAAAACAAUUUCACUACUUCCAAGUGUGUACACCUUCUGAGAUUUCACCUUACGUGACAGAUGGAUUCUCCUUGAUGCAUGAUCAUUCCUAGCCUUCUUUAAGAGUUUCUACAGUUGCCAUUUAGGAGCUGUCUCUGCAUAAUAAAUCGUUGUAUGGGCCCAUUCUUAUUUUUCAGGUGUGGACUGUGUUCCUAUGUUCACUGCUCUCCAGACAUCCAAAAAUGUAUACCACAUGCUGCGUGGUCUGUAUGAAGAAUUACGGAAGGUGGAUGUCCGCCGUUUUUCCACCUUCUUCAGUUCUGGUGUAGAAAUGGAUGAUUUUGAAGAGGCCCUGCACCAAAUCAGGGAUCUCGCCCAGUGUUACAGCAGUACAGAGGACGAAAUGGAGGAGGAUGAUUAAAUCAGGCACGUGUUUUCCUUACCGUGAGCUGUCUUAUCGACACAAGGACAGAACUCAGUAACAUUAAUUUAAAUUUAAUGUCACAAGUAAACAUCCUAAAACAAAUAAUACAUAUUUAUACAAAUUCUUAUCUACACAAGUCCAUCGCUCCAGCCCAACACUAAUCCUCCUCCUCAGAUAUCUGCUCGGCCACUUCCUCUUCUUCAUCGGAGCUAGUAACACAUGCUGCCAGGAAAAGAUUGACAAGCUCUCUGAAACGUUGACAGACCUGAGAAAAAGGAAUCAUAAAUUAAUAAAAACAUUCUCUCUUCUCCCUCCGUCAUCAGUUUUACUACCCACAAACAAAUUCUGCUAUAACAAUAUGACUGUCAGAUUCAGCACAUUUGUAUAUUAUUAUAGAGUGUAUAUAUGUUCAAAUAUGGCUGUUUUAUAUACAUUGUACAAAUAUGAACAACUAAAGGCUUGUCAGUCUCUGAAGGGAACCUAUGUAGAGAUGACAAUACAUAUUACUUUGCCAUGUUACAUAAAUGUAGUUUGUCAAUUCUGUGCUGCUUGCACAUGCAGUAUAUUUGGUGUGAGUUUAUUUUAUUAAAGGGCCACUCUUGGCCACUUAUUGAGGUGGCUAUAGGACCUGGAGUCAAUUAAACCACCUACUUUUAGCUUAGCACCAGUCGUCAAAACAAAC